CUUACACAAUAACAAAGAGAUUAGGAUUUUCUAAAAAUAAACUCAAUGUCUAUAAACACCAACUACUUCAUCCUUUAGCAUAUACAACCUCAUCAACUUACAUUUGAGCUCGAAUUUACCGUGUGGAUCGGGAGAGGAGAGUACCUAGUAGAAGGAUAAAUGAUGGGGAGAUCACCGUGCUGCGAUGAAAGUGGGCUGAAGAAAGGGCCAUGGACACCGGAGGAAGACAAGAAGCUAGUUGAUUACAUUGACAGACACGGCCAUGGAAGUUGGCGAGCUCUACCAAAACUGGCUGGUUUGAACCGCUGUGGCAAGAGCUGCAGGCUCCGCUGGACCAACUACCUUCGUCCUGAUAUCAAACGCGGAAAGUUCUCUGAAGAUGAAGAACAAACCAUCAUCAACCUUCACUCUGUACUUGGCAACAAGUGGUCUGCAAUAGCAAGCCAUCUUCCAGGGAGGACGGACAACGAGAUUAAAAACUUCUGGAACACCCACCUGAAAAAGAAGCUUCUGCAGAUGGGUAUUGACCCGGUGACUCACAGGCCGAGGACAGACCUUAAUCUGCUAGCUAAUCUUCCGCAGUUACUCAUGGCUGCCAACCUCAGUAAUAGUCUCAUGAUGAACAACAGUACUGGAAAUGGGAUACCUACUUUGGAGGAUACUCUCAGGUUAUUGGAAUCCGAUGCCACCCAACUCGCGAAAUUCCACAUAUUUAACAACAUGUUGCAGGUGUUGAGCCCGAGCCCGAGCAGCAGCAGCAACCCACCUGGUGUAGCCUCUCAGAUUACUAAUCUGCUUUGUAAUUCAACCAUGCCCUUCCAAAACCAAUUGAAUGAUAAUAUAAUCAGAAUGGCUAAUUCUCAAGUGGAUAACGGGUUCACAGGUCAGUUUCCACCUUCGAAUCAUCUAGUUUCCAGCAGCUAUGAAGAAGCUCCUGCAACUCAUCAGUUUCAGCCAAAUUCCAAACAUAACCACCGCCAAAGGAGUAAUACAAGUAAUGAUCAUCAUCACAAUGAUAAACAAACGAAUGGUGAGAUUCUUACACCGGACAGUAUGAUGCCUGGUCUAGUGCCGGCCUCACCAGACCACUGCAGUGCCCUUCAAACAGAAUUCAUGAGCAACAGCAACAAGCUAAUGAACCAAAAGGAUGACGCGAUGAUGUCAUCAAAUCCUUCUUCAGCCACAACUACUGCUACUCCUUUUGGAAUGGCUGCUGCAGAUUGGACCAAUGACCUUAUAGAUGACGCUGCACACUUUUACUGGAGAGACAUCAUUGACCAAGCACCCUCCCCUUCAUGGCCUAUCUCAUCAUAGAGCAUGUAAAUUUUGUUUGAAUAUGUCCAGAGACGAAUAAUUUUCACACAGGAAGAUUUUUAAAUUAGUGUAAUUUGUAGUGUUACAUCCAGGACAAAUAUAA